AUAUUUCAGCAAUUGCAUACAGCAGAAGAAUAUCAGCUCACCAGUCCAAUUUAUUUGCAAAUUUCAUCGGUUUGUUGCAAGAAAUUUUCGCACAUGAGGAGAUUUUGAACUCGAUGAAUCCUUAACUCAAUAGGUUGAUCCUCGACGCGACUUUCCCCAGUUCUUCGAUUGCGCCAACUGCUUAGGCUCUUCAACACUCAACAACGCGUAGGAUAGCAAUCUAACAUGUCUUCCAACAAGAACGGCCAUAUAAAUGGCGGCGCAAAUGGCCAUGAUGCUGGGAGUACAAAUGGAAGAAUGAUUAGCAAACGAUUUUCCGACAUUCCCUCAGCUAUUGAUAUUCCAGUCACUGGAGAAGAUGAUGAUCAGGCAGUCGAAAUCGAUCUCGAAGAUUUACUGGACGACCCUACCGAAUUAUGUACAUUACUCGAAAAUGAAGGCGCGGCUCGCACAUAUUGGAUGACUGUUGCAUUGGCAUACGCGAAGCAGAAGAAGGUCGAUCAUGCCAUUGAGAUGUUGACGAAAGGCCAAUCUGCUAUGCGUGGUGGUAACAAGGAGAGACUAAGUAUGCUCACAUGCUUAUGCUGGAUGUAUCUGUGGAAAAGUAAAGAGGCGCCUCGCCAUCGGCCAGAUAACUUGGAGGAUGGAGAUGAGAUUAAAACAAAAGAGGAUUGGUUGAAGAUGGCAACCUCGAAUUUAAACGAUGCUUCCCGGAUUAAUCCAUCCUUUCCACCACUAUUCCUGGCUCGAGGUGUUUUGCAGCUCCUCCGAGCUUCCACUCGACCGUUCCCUAAGAAUAAUACAGCUCCCGGCGCACUGGAUCCUGAGAAGGCUGAGCUUUUGCGAGGAGCUCAAAAGUCAUUUGAGGAUGCGAUAAAGGCCUCCCAUGGCAGGAAUAUGUUGGCAGUUUUAGGUAAGGCGAGAGCUGCAUUUUCAAUGGGAAAAUAUGCGGAGGCCUUGGAGGGAUACCAAGAGGCAUUGCGGUCAAUGCCCGACCUGGUAGACCCCGAUCCAAGAAUUGGAAUAGGCUGUUGUUUCUGGCAAUUGGGUUUCAAGGAAGAUGCGAAAGCCGCUUGGGAACGAUCACUAGAAAUCAAUCCGGAUUCGAAGGUCGCAAACAUAUUACUUGCUCAGUUCUAUCUCGAUCAAAGCGCACAUGUGCCAACGAACAGCCCCGAAUUCAUCCAAUUAUACAAGAAAGCCAUGACCGAGUACACCCAGAGAUCCUACAAGGCGGAUAAAGAUAUGCCCUUGACUUGUGCUACUUUUGCCGGAUACUUUUUGUCGCGAAAAUCUAUGCCAAAUGUCGAAGCUCUAGCCCAAAAGGCCAUCCAAUACACAGACGUCAACGCGAUUGCAAGUGAUGGAUGGUAUUUGCUUGCGAGGAAGGAGCACUUUGAUGAUAAUUAUGAAAAGGCUUUGGAUUACUAUGGCCGUGCCGACGAUGCGCGUGGUGGUGUUGAUAGAGGAUAUAUGCCUGCUAAAUUUGGAGCCGCGCAAUUAUCUGUGCUGAAAGGUGACUUCGGUGAAGCAAAACUACGACUCGAGAAAAUCAUUCAACAAUCCAAGAACAUUGAAGCAAUGAUUUUACUUGGAACUUUGUAUGCGGAAGAAGUGUUCAGCAGUCAGGAAAGUGGAGUAAAGGAAGAUAAGACCACGGAAUUCAAAAAAGCUAUAGGUUAUCUGGAGAAUGUCCGUACAGCAUGGAAAGAUCCCAAGAAGAAUCUCGUUCCUGAUGCAUCGGUUCUUCUUAACCUUGCGAGACUUUACGAAACAGAACAACCCGAGAAGAGCUUGCAAUGCCUUCAGCAAGUGGAGCAGAUCGAGUUUGACCAAAUCCCAGCUGCAGAUAGGCCAGAGGAGACGGAUGAUGAGGCUGUAUACAAAAGUGCUAUGCGCGAAAACUUAUCCCCUCAGCUACUGAACAACAUAGGAUGCUUUUAUUAUCAAUCCGAGAAAUACGAUCAAGCUCGCGAGACGUUCCAAUCUGCAUUAAAUGCUUGCGUUAAGGCAGGUGAAAAGCUUGAAGGCAUGGAUACCGAUGCAUUGGUCACUACUAUCAGUUUCAAUCUCGGGCGCACGUAUGAAGCUAGUGGUAUGCCUGACGAAGCCAAGACUGUAUACGAAGGACUGUUGGGCCGCCACAGUGAUUAUACUGAUGCUAAAACACGUUUGGCGUAUAUAGCACUGCGUCGGGACCGACAAGAAGAAGGCCCUAAAGCUGUUUCCACUCUAUAUAAGGAGUCUUCGGCUGAUCUCGAGGUUCGAGCAUUGUACGGGUGGUAUUUGGGACGUAUGCACUCCCGAAAGAGGUCCAGCAAUGUCAACGAGGAUCCGGAAUAUCGUCACUAUAAGCAUACUUUGCAGCAGUAUGACAAACAUGAUAGGUAUGCUCUGAUUGGUAUGGGUAAUAUCAACCUCAUGGCCGCUCGCGAAAUGCGUCGUGAUUCUGAAUCAGACAAGCAAGCGCGAAGCAAAACCUAUACUAAAGCAGUUGAAUUCUUCGACAAAGCUUUACAACUGGACCCGAGGAGCGCUUAUGCUGCUCAGGGUGUAGCGAUUGCACUCGUCGAGGACAAAAAGGAUUUCAAAACUGCGCUUUCUAUCUUUGUGAAAGUACGUGACACAGUCAAGGACCCAAGUGUAUUUAUCAAUCUUGGUCAUAUAUUCGCAGAAUUGCGACAAUAUACCAAGGCUAUUGAACAUUACGAGGCUGCUUUGACGAAAGAUCGAGCUCACGAUAGUCACAUCCUGACUUGUUUGGGACGGACUUGGUUGUCAAAGGGAAAAGCUGAGAAGAGCUUAUCAGCGUUCAAGAGUGCCCUUGAUUAUUCAUUGAAGGUGAUUUACUUUUUUGACAUCCAAUCUUUCAAUACUAAUCCUUCAUAGGCUCUUGAGAUUACACCUGACCAAGUUCACUACAAGUUCAACGUUGCGUUUGUACAGCUUCAACUGGCAACAACGAUUUACAACCUACCAGAAACCCAAAGGUCUCUUGAUGAAGUCAAAGGUGCAGCCAAAGGUCUAGAGGAUGCCAUUGAAGCUCUUGAUGCUAUUGCCCAGCAUCCUAGUCCACCGUACCCUAAACACGACAUUGAGCAAAGAGCCAACAUGGCACGGAAUACCAUGCGUCGUCAAUUAGAACGUUCAAUACAAGCCCAAAAGGAAUACGAAGAAAAUAAUGCUUCGAAGAUCCAGGCAGCUAAAGAACAGAGAGAGGCCGAAUUAAGACGCAGGGAAGAAGCGCGUGAGGCAGCCGAAAGGGCAGAACGUGAACGUAAAGCAAAGAUUGCGGAAGAGCGACAAAAGAUUGCUGAGAAGGAUCGUGAAUUGGCGCAAGCGAGAGCUGCUGAUGACAUUGCUAGAGAAGCGACGGUGAGACGUGAUGAAAGUUAAAGGGUCAGGUGGUGGGCAAAAGAAGAGUCAGGAUGAAUCAGGUGCAAGAGGGCGAACAGAAAGUAAAAGCCAGGAUGGUAGGAAGUGAUGAAGAGAAGAA